AUGCCGGAGAAUUGUCUGUAUAUAACCUAUUCAAAUCCACAGGCAGUGUAUCAGCCGGGUACAAAUGUCACAGGAGUCGCCAACCUCGAUCUCAAAGAACCAAUAAAGGCUCGUUCUCUUAAGAUCAUUGUCGAUGGUCGUGCAUACACACACUGGAGAGUUACUCGUUCAAGGAGUGUCCGGAACAAUGAUGGAACAACGAGAACGGAAAACUACACUGUGCCGUACUCAGCUACGGUAAUCUAUGCCACAGGAGAGACUACUGCAUGGGAAGCGGCCAGAGGCUCGAAAGAGGUGCUUCAACCGGGUUUCUAUCAGUUUCCGUUCACUUUCUUGUUACCAUCUAAUUGUGCACCCAGUUUUGAAGGUGCGUACGGAUACAUACGAUAUAUGGUGAAGAUAGAACUUGACAGGCCAUGGCGGUUCAACAAAACUGAUAAGAAGCCUUUCACGGUAAUCCCCGUAUUUGAUCUGAACACCAUUCCUCAAGCGGCUAUCCCUCUCAAGGAUGUAAAAGUCAAGAACUUGGGUGUCGUUUUAUUUAGACACGGAAAAGUGACUGUUGAGUGCGAACUGCCGAAGACCGGCUUUGUGCCCGGAGAAAUGGUGGUGAUCAAUGCCAGAAUUAUCAACGAUAGUUCAAAAUCUUUAGUAAAGGCACACGUGAAAUUAGUAGAGCACUCAAGGUAUGUAGCUUUUGAGCACGGCAGAACGUUCCAACACGGUCUAUUCAUGGAUAACAUCCCGAACGUCUACAUAAGCAACCGUCGUAGCCUCACCAGAAAAUUGGCUACAGGAGAUCAGCAACUUUCAAUUGACAGAAACAGCAAAGGCAACGCUCAAAUCUACCUACAAGUCCCACCGACAGUGCCUUCGUUCAAUACCUGUCCAAUAAUUAGUGUCGAUUACGACGUAGACAUCAAAUUCGAAACGAGCGCAACUCUGAAUAGCGACAUCGAGACCAGCUGUCCAAUUAUAGUUGGCACGAUCCCAGUGCGUUCAGUGAGUUUUACCGCUGUUCCGAGUGCUCCACCCAUGGAUUUCCCGUCCUCGUCUGGUGUUAUCCCAUCAGCACCAACAAUGGAUAUACCACCUGUUGCUAGUCCUUCAGCACCGCCAAUGGAAACUCCUCCACCGUAUCCAGAAAGUAACGGCGCUACACCAUUUCCACCACUUCCACCUAGCUACGAAGAAUCGAUUAAUGGUGUGGACGGAACCACGAUGGACACAGAAAAUAUAGAGCCAUUUGCUCCACGAUAUCCUUUCUAUCCUGUGCAACCUGUUACCACCAAGAAAGGAGGAUAG